AUCACCGACGGCUGUCCUCGUCGUCGUCGUCAUUAUCAUCAUCAUCAUCAUCACACUAAUUUAACAGAAAGAAAGAGAGAGAUAGAGGGUCAUAAAAAAUAGACCGGGAGGGAAGAGUGGUACCGCGGGGGUCGCGGUGUCCUCUGCACUUUCCUUCUUUUUCCAAAAGAGAAGAAUUUUAGCCGGUACUGCGAUUUCUUCAGUAUUGACUCUUUGAUAGUGACUGAAUAGUAGGCCUACUGAAUAGCUUGCUAAAUAGCUUGCUGAAUAGCCUGAUUAAUAGCCUUAAUAGUGACUUUAUUAGUGACUGUUCAGUGAUUAUUCGUGACCUUGUGGGGGAGAAAACGAACUUUUGUGCCCAGUGCAACCGCGGAAGUGGUAGCAAAGAGAUUUUGUAAACAAAAAAGUGAUAGUGAUUAAUUGCGGGCAAAGUAAACAAAACUCAAUCUAAGGAUUUUGUGUUGAGUUUUUCAAGAGAAAAGUGCGGAAGAAUUAAGGGACUAAAGAGAAAAAGAAGAUGGACAUGUCAGAAGAUUGUUGGGACCACGUGGGGCUACUUCAAGAGGUCCCGGGAGCGGAACAACCGCCACCGCCACCCCCGGCUCCUGAUUUUCUCAUGCACCAUCAACACGAGCUUUUGGUGAGUGGAGGGCAACCGACAACAGCGACAUCGCCGGCGAUGUCGUCAGGUGGAGCCUUAAGUCCGGGGGCCUUGUCGCCAUCAUCGACAGCGACGACGACAACUGGCGCAGCGCCGGGAGCAACGUCUGGUGGCGCCAGUACUCCCGUCGGUGGUGCAACGGGCCCCGGUGCCGGAUGUUGCGAAAACGGAAGGCCCAUGAUGGUGGACCAAAUUACCGGCCAUACAGUGUGUUCCUGUCAAUACGAUAGUGCUGCACGACUAGCGCUUGGCGCAUAUCCUAGGCUGGGACCCUCCGCUACCUCCUACUCCACGUACCCCACCCCCACGCCUUCCACCACCGACCAGGGGCCCUAUCCCAGUAUUGGGAUGGAUAGCUCUGCCUUUUAUUCACCUUUGUUUUUUGAAAGAGAGAAGAGCACUUCUAGAAGUACGACGGAAAUCAAUGUUGGUUUCCUUUUCCAGGGGAAUCCAUACGGUCUAAAGGAUGCAACGGGAAUGGGGAUGACGGCAGACAUGGGAGCUGCAUGGGGCACAACGGCCCUUCAACCUGCUGCCCCCGGAUACGCAUACUACGAUCCAACGCUUGCUGCUUAUGGUUAUGGUGCUAGUUAUGACAUGGCAGCGAGGAGAAAAAAUGCCACGAGGGAAUCAACAGCAACUUUAAAAGCUUGGCUAAAUGAGCACAAGAAAAAUCCUUAUCCAACGAAGGGGGAAAAAAUAAUGUUAGCUAUAAUUACAAAAAUGACACUGACCCAGGUGUCGACAUGGUUUGCAAAUGCCAGGCGACGUUUAAAGAAGGAGAAUAAAAUGACCUGGGAACCAAAAAAUAAAACGGACGACGAUGACGAUGCGGUUUUAUCAGAUUCGGAGGAUGUUAAGGAAAUGAAGGAAGAAAUGGGAGAUAGUCGGAGUGACAGAGUGGGAGACGAUGUCAGAAGAGGUCUCGAUGACAACGAACCAAUGAGGCAUGUGAAAGCGGAGCACAUGAAGAUCGAUAAAGAUCUCGACGAUGAUGACGAUUUGGACCUGGAGGAUGAUCCCCGAAGGAGUGAGCACUCAUUUCAUCAUGCGAUGCAUCACCACCAUCACCAAGGCUACAGUAGUGACGAUCAUCUCAAAGAAGAAGGAAUUAAGAGCGAGUGUGGUGCAGGUGGUAUUCCUAUUCCAGCCACGAAACCUAAGAUUUGGUCCCUAGCUGACACGGCAGCUUGUAAAACACCUCCUCCAACUUCCCAUCCACAUCACCAACAGCAGUAUCACUUACACCAUCAGCAGCAGCAUUACGCUCAGCAGCAACAUCAUUUAUCCAACCAAUCUCAUCAUCAUUCUCAACAACCUUGGCUCGGCUCGAGUGGAGUGGGAGGCGCUCCAGGUGGAGGUGGUCUAACAUCCUUUGCACUUCCCUCAUCGGCAACAAUGAGUCCAUCGUCCGCUGCCACUGCACCUUAUUCGGGCGCAACGGCGCGAUACGGUGGUUUCCUGUCGUCUUCCUCCGGUGGACAACUUCACUACAAUCCCAAUUCCUCUUCCGGUUCAACGUCCAGUGCUUCGUCCUCAGCAGCGGCGGGGUUUCCCGAAGUUGGUACAGAUACCCCACCCCAAACACCUCCCAACAUGAAGGUGGGUACCCCGAAUGGAGUGAUCCAGGGCCCUCCAACAGGGUACUGCCCUGGUGGCAACAACAACAAUAACAACAACACCAGUAAUGGCAAUCUCAAUCAUUAUACUUCUAAUCAUAAUGGAGGUUAUCUGUCCACAAGUUCGGGAUCGUCCAGCAGUGUUUCGUCCUUUAGUUCUCGUCUUCAAAACUCGCCGCACAAAGAAUUCUCGCCCACAUCGCAGAAUUCGAUACUCCACCAACAUCAGACCACGGCCAGUCUCCCACCCACGGAAGCCACCACGGCCUUCAAACCUUUCUACAAAGGGUCACAAACCAUGGGAAGUGGAUUUGUGUCACCAGUUUAAGGAUAUGAACGAGCACCGACACAAGAUGAACGCAUCCGCCAAGGUUAACGAGGUGAGACGCGAUGGACAAUAUUCCAGUUUGGAUUCUGUAAAAUACCUUCAAGUACCACACGAGGUCCUGCGAUUUACCACUCCGUCAACAGAGAGAAAGAGAAGGCGAACACGAAAAUAAAAAAAGGACAAAGAGCUGCGGAAGAGAGGACGAAUGAAUGGGUGCGAGCCAAAAAGGGAUAGAAGCAAGAAAGGGGAUAAAUAAUGGGCAGAGAAUAAAUAAAAGGGGAAAAGGGAGACAAAAAGGGAAAUGAGAAAUAAAAAGGGAAAUGGGGACUAAAAAGGGAAAUGAGAACUAAAAAGGGAAAUGGGAACUAAAAAGGGAAAAGAAGUAUUUAAAUAUAGACAAGGAGAAAUCAAUAUGUUGAUUGCCCUGAUAAUUGCGAUUAGGAAACUAAAAUCCCGAUUUCUCGAAAAUCGCAGGUUGAAUUCUUCCCAGUGAAAUUCUCUACUAUAUCGAGUCAAAAAUGUGUUAAUUCAUUUCUUUUUAAUUAACCACGGGCAAUGUGCAAAAUGGCACCGAAAAGUGUAAUUUGUUAUUAAUUAUUAUCCAAAGUGAAUCAUUUUUUAUUUUUUUGUUAUUAUUUUAUCUUUUUUAUUAUCGUAAUGUUUUACACUAGUGUUAUAUUUUACAAAAUUUUACCUUCACACUUUUUCUAAGGAUAUCAAAUUGAGUCAAAAAACAUCGUUUUUCAUCUCAAUUUUGCGAUAUCCUUAGAAAAACUGUGUUAGUGAUUUUACAUUAAUGUAAUAUUUUACAUUAAUGUAAAUGUGAUGUAAAUGUGACAAUUUACACCACUAUCAAUGUUCCAGUUACCGUCCACUUCUAUAUAAAAAAAAAUUAUUCAUUAAAAUUCCAUUAAAGGCAAACUAAUAAUUUCGCCCCAAGAAAAAAAAUAGAAAUUUAAAAAAUCGACGGCUAUUGGAACAUCGACACUAUCGUAAUAUUUUACACUAUUGUAACACUUUACAGUUUACACUAUUGUAAUACUUUACAGUUAACACUACUGUAAUAUUUUACAUUACUGCAAUAUUUUACAUUAUUGUAAUAAUUUACCAUUAAAAAGUCACACACACUCACAAACACACACACACACACACUAGGAAAAGCGUACACGCUUUAUUCACUUGAACAAUUUAAAAAAAUUAAACUCUCUACAUCACAAAUGGCACCUCCAGUUUCUAUAAGAAAAUAGUUAUUAAAAAAAAGACACCAUAGCUAAUACAAUUAUUGUCUUUUUGAAUAUCAUUAAUUGAUUAAUUAUCACAAUGAGAUAUUAACAUAUGCAUAAUAAUUUAGGUAGAUAGAAAUCCUUAUAAGUAGAUCCGCGUUGUAAAACUAAUUAAAUGAAAAAUGUCGAGAGUGUCUGGAGAGUGUACGCUGUAUAUUAUUAUAAAUAUUAAAAAUAAAAAAAAGAAACGAAAACGAUGAGCGAUUAGUUGUACAUUAGAUCGCCAAAAGUAUAAAUAAGAGGAAGGAGGAGGAGAAGGAGGAGAAGAAGGGUGUGAGACGAUUUGCAAUUCGUAUAUACAUAGAGCAAUGCCAAGCACUCUGGUAUUGAAAUCAAUUAUCUUUACGAGUGUGCGUUGAUAACGAAGGGACGUCCCUUAUACAUAUAGUUUCGUCCCUUGAGAAUUUUGUUACAUUUGGCUCGCACAAAACUUAACACGAAAAUUCGUUUCUCAUUUUUUUUGCAGAUGUUUAUCUUAUUUAUUGUUUUCAAAAGAUUGAAAAUCUUUUUUUUUAUAUUUUGCAAAAAGAUUUAUUUACUGAAAAGCAGAAUUGUAAUUUAUUUGUUAAUUUUACAAGAAUGCAAACAUUCUUAUGUUGCAAAAAGUGUAAACGAAUUUUCGUGUGAUUUGAGAAAAAUAUAAAUCAUUAAAAAAACAAUUGUCAUUUCUCAGUGUGAUUGUUACAGAAAAAAAGCAUAAUUGUAUCGAUUUUUAAAAGAAAAAAAAACCAAGUCAUAAUAUGCCCAGUGCUCAAUAUUGUUAAAUAUACGUUUCGUAAGGGCGUACUACGCAUUUUUUUGUGUCUAAAAAAGAAAACUACUUACAAAAAUUAUCCCCCACCCCGAAUUUUGUAAAAGUAAGGAUAAAAUCCUGUCUUCCUAGUUUUUUCUUUUGUUUCAUCAAAUUUUUUGAAUAAGAUUGUCGAAACUGAAAAUCAACAAACGGGGAUGUAAAGAUCGUACUCGAAAAAAAAAUUGUACAUUGUUUUGUAUAAAAAAACACAUUUGUUUGUAUCUGUGAUAAAACGAGAGAUGAAGUAAAUAUGACAAGAAAACGAGAGCAAUAAAGAAGAAAGAAAAGAGGAAAGAAAAAAAGUAAAUAAAAAAGUGAAGAAAAAAGAAAGGAAAGAAAAGAAAAAGUAAAAAAAAAGAAGCGUUUGGAAAAGAACGCAAGAGAGUUUGGGAAAAAAUUACGGUAUCUGUACAACACUCUAUUCUACGAUAGAAACGAGGUCGGUGCUCGUGUAUUCAUCAACACGAAUAUAAUUAUUAGAAAUAUAGAUAAUAAUGUUUUGUAAAUAAUCAGUGUACGUUAUAUUGAACGUAACACUUUCCUCGUGAAGAAAAAAAUAAAAAUCGGCGAGAAAGCUGUUUGUUGUGAAUAUAUAUAGUACAGGUACUAGUUAUUAUUAUAUAUUAAUAUAAAUGAGACUAGGUACUAUACCGGUUGUUCGUACAGAUUCGAUUGUAAAUUAAUUAAAAAGAAAACAAAUACAAUUGUACAUAGCUCUGAAUGUGAAUAUAGAUAAAUAUAUCUAUUAUUAUUAUUAUUAUUAUUAUUAUUAUUAAAAUUAUUAUUAUUAUUAUUAUAUUAUUAUUAUUAUUAUUAUUAGCAUCGAUAUCACGAUAUAUUAUAUUAUU